AUGAUGAGUCCCUCUUUCCCCGACCUAGAUGUGGUUGGCAUCAAAGUCGAGCCCGAGAAAGCUGAGAAUCUCCGCCGCAAGGUUGCGAGCCUGCUCGGCCAAACCAAGGUCGGCUACCCUGGUGCCGCCCCCGUUAGCUUCUCGUCACAACAUCUGGCAGAGCUACAGCAAAAAGACUAUUAUGUUUGUGAGAAGACGGAUGGAAUCCGGUGUCUAAUGUACAUGGAGCGCGGGUCCGCCGACUCUGAAAUAUCAGAGAUGCACUACCUGAUCGACCGCAAAAACCACUACCGCCAUGUACCUGGGCUGCACUUUCCUAAGCCCGAUGAUGAAACUUUCCUGUCAAUCCAUCACAAUACCAUUAUAGACGGUGAACUUGUCCUCGAUACCUAUGAGGACGGCUCGCAGCAGCUGAAGUACCUAGUAUUUGACAUACUAACAUUAGGCGGACACAGAGUAAUGCAUGAUCCAUUCGACAAGCGCUUAGUAUAUCUCAAUGAGGAAGAAGGCCGGCCAUUUAUUGUCGAAGAUAAGUCGAUGCAUUUCAGCUACAACAUUGAAAUGAUGUUCCGUGAUAUUAUCCCAAAGGUCAAGCGCAUUCGUGGGAAUGGCGGCCUCAUCUUCGUCUGUUGUAGUACAUCUUACUAUAUCGGCCUAGACGAGCAUAUCCUCAAAUGGAAGCCUGCUUCGGACAACACGGUUGACUUCCGCCUGCAUCUACAAUUCCCGGUUCCGGAGCCAGAUCCCGAAGACAAGAUCAACGGUGUCACAGAUUCAGAUUACGACUCCAUACCUAUCCGCCAUUUGUCUGUCAUGCUCUCCCCACAGGAGAAUCUCCCUUUUGGCGAGAUGUACCUCACUUGGGAAGAAUGGGACGACCUAAGAGUAAUGCGUACUCCAUUAGAGGGUACUAUCAUCGAAUGCUACAAAGACGACCAGUCUCACUGGCGCUUCUACCGUCUCCGCAAUGACAAGAGAGAUGCAAACCCUAUCUCUGUUGUCGAGAAAGCUCUCGACAGUAUAGCCGACUGCGUUACUGAAGAGGGCCUAAUCCGCGCCGCCCCAGCCAUCAAGGCAGCAUGGGAGGCGCGGCAGGGCUACCAUGGCCUGUGA